AUGACGACAACCUUUGAAGAAGAUGAACAAGGCAUUCUUGCAUUAUUUCUGAUACCCAAUAACCCCCGAGUUCUUCCCAUAUUUAUUCCAGACAUUCCGGUCAACGAAUAUGGAUUACCCACUCCACUCGAUAUUCACCAUUUCUUCCAAAAAUAUCAUCACCGAUUGGGAUUGAACUACUUGCAUCCCAUUUGUCGUGUCAAAUUCAUUAGCAUCACCGACUCCGUCAAAGACCACACAACAAGAAUGCAUUUAUAUGGGUGGGGAGAUCUACAAACACCUUUGCACAUUGAAACUUGCAACGGCAUUGACUGUACCAGGGGGGAAGGGGAUGCUUUUUGGAGAGUUCCCAUUUUGGGUAUCUGCGUAUCGGAAGAUGGAAAAGUGCAGGAUGCUCAAGAGGAAGAUGCUGCCUUAAUGAAGGCUUAUUUCCGGAACCUAAAGCCAAACUUGCAAGCAUGCAUAGAUCUCUUCGGUGUCUCAAAGCUGCUCUUGGUUGCAAGCAACUAUUACCAGUAUUCAUUGAAUGUAAACUACUUAGGGAAAGAUCCAUUUCUUGUGAGACAUUCCACUAAAUAUUAG